AGAUAUUUUUAGCACGUGUAAAUGUUAAUAAAUUACUCGCAGAUUUAUUAAUGUUGUUUAAAAUUAAAAGAAUUUAAACAAUACAUAGAGCAUUAUAACUGUUUUUAAAUAAAAUAUGUUACAUAAUCUGUGAAUUUUAUUUGCACCGUUGGAACUUGUGUUACUAAAAUGCAAUUUCUUGUCUAUUGUUGCGAAGUUGUUCUUUGAAUUCAAAUUCUACAAAUUACUUUACGAUCGGCUCGUAUCCCGAUCUCGAAACGAAGACGAACACUGCCGUGCGAACCGGUUAAUAUAUUAGUCGCUUUUGUUUUUCAUAUUUGCAAUAAUAAUAAGACCAUUUCAAGUAAGCAAACUCAAAAAUAUCCCACAAUACCCCGGUUCCCCUUAAUAUGUGUAUUUUAAACGAUAUAAACAAGGACAAUGUAUUUUAAACGGUAUAAACAAAGGCAGUGUUUCUAGCAGCUCCUUCAUGCGCAUGCGUGUUUAAUGCUAUCGCAAUGAAGUAUCGAACUCGCAGGAAAGAAGCCGCUCACAGGGCCUCUGUUUGAUGUUUCUAAAAAUUAUCCGCACAUAUUUCGAAUGCCCGUAAUUUAUCUUCAAUGGUCCCUUUUUGAAUACUCCUAUCCGCAUAUUUUAGCAAACAAUAUUAAUAAAUCUAAUUACUAGUUUAUCUGAAUAUUCACUUAUCUACUUACCUAACCUUAUUCGAUCUGACGUCUGUCAAAAUGUUCGCGCCUGUACGCACAUGCAACGUGUACGUCGCUGGAUUCGCUUUCGUUGCUCGUGCAUACACGAGAAAAAGCGUCCCGCUAAUAGCACUGAACUCUAUAAGGUGAUCGACGGUGAUAUCCACCACCGUUUAAGAAAUACGAUCGAUCGACACGAUAAGCAACGGUGUGUCCUCGUAGUAUCGCGACGGUUUCUACAUUUUCGUCGGUGUUUGUGCGUUAGCUCCGAGCAGAUCGAAUGAAAAUUAUCAGAUUUGACGACGCACCGUACGAGGAAAAAUGUGCGACGAAAGCGCGAGUUGUGCGCACGACAGCGAAACAGAUGCACAAAUGUCACUGUUGGAUCUUCCGAUUGAGAUAUUCCUGCAUAUAUGCUCUUUCUUAGAGGCGUCGACUUUAGCAUACACUUUGAGCCCGGUAUGCAAACAGUUCUAUCUAAUUUUAAGGGAUGACUCAUUGUGGAAAGCGCGAGUUAACCGUAUGUGGACAGAUGCUAGCUACCCGGUUCUGCGUCUCGCAAAAGACAACAAUCUGUUUUGGAGGCUGGCAUGUGUUGCACUUGAAAAACAAGUAAAACUAUGGAGACAUCAAGAAUCUAUGGAGAAAUUGUUGCUCACAGAUGUACAGUACAGUACUAUAGAUGCUCUAUUGUUAAUGCACAGUGGUACAACUUGUAUAUCUGGUGCAAGAGAUCGCUCGUUGGUUUAUUGGAAACUGCCUACACAGGAGAAUGAACGCGAGAAGGCAGCUUGCGUAGAGCAAGCGCAUAAUGGAUGGAUUUGGGAUUUAACGGCGAUCGACAACACGAUUUACAGUUGCAGUUGGGACCAGAGCAUCAAAUCGUGGAUGCUCACCAACACUGGUCUUGUCCAAAUGAAAACUUACGAGACGAGAGGCCCGCUGGGGGGUGCGCUGCUGUGUGUAUCGUCGUGCGCAGAACAAGAGGUCUUUGCGGCCGGUUCAUACAGCAGUACAGUCUUCGUUUACGACUCGAGGUCGGGACACAAGCCGAUCGUCGAGUAUCAUCCGCACUCGAGGGCUGUGAUCAAGUUGGCUAUGAAUUCAUCGUACAUCCUUUCCGCCAGCGAAGACAAGAAAGUGACCAUUUGGGAUCAGAGAGCUAGGCAAAUGCUAAGAUGCGUUAAUAUUUCGAAAAACGCGUUUCCUAUGUGCAUGAGCAUGCACCGUGAUUGGGUUUAUGUCGGCGACAGCGCCGCGGAAUUGCACGUGUUAAAUCCGAAAAACGACUUUGCAGUAGUUAAGUCGUACGCCACAGGACACAAGAAAGGGAUAACAGGGGUGCAUCAGACACGCGGUUGUCUGAUAACGAGCUCGACGGACGGAACGGUGAGAGUUUCGAGUCCCACGGAUCCCCCGAAGUGUCUUGCUACGUUGACUUUUCGCUUCGGGGAAGUCGCCAGUAUGGAUUAUCUGAAUAGUGUUCUUGCGAUAUCCGGUACGGAGGGAAUCGAGAUAUGGCGGCCGAAAUCGAUGUGUUCAAACAAAGAUCAAUAAAUUGAGAAUUUCUAUAGA